CAGCUGCCUAUCAUGGUCAUCAUGGUCGAGCUGCUGCCCCCACUUGCCUCUCUAAUCCUCAGUCCUCUGUAGAGCUGGUCCUCCUACCCCUCACUUUGCCUUGAGCAAUUUGGUUUCUAGCAUCUGUGGGGUGGCUUGUGGGUGGUCGCCUUGGACUGCUCCUUCCUCCACCUGCCGCGCCGGCAGGGCGACGAGGUCCAAAAGCCUGGUGGGGCUCAUCAUCAAGAACACCGAAGCGGCGAGAGUGGCAUGGGAUCUGAUCCGAGGCGGAGCUCGAGGAGCUGAGGGGCUGUACGUGCUCUUGGAUCCGGUAGAGAUUCCGUGCCCUCGUGUUCGUCCCCGGCCGCCGCGAUGGGGAACACGUGCGUCGGCCCCAGCAUCACCAUGAACGGCUUCUUCCAGUCCGUGUCCACGGCGCUGUGGAAGACGCCGCAGGACAGCGACGCGCUGCCCGCCGCCGCCGCCAAUGGCCCCGGCGGCGCCAGCCCGGGCCGGUCGCAGUCGGCGCUGCCGAAGCCGGCGUCCGACGUGCACCACCACAUCGCCGUGCUGAGCGAGGCCCCUGAGCCCGUCAAGAUCGGCGCCUACCACUCGGAGCCGGCGCCCGCCGUGCAGAGCGAGGCCCCUGAGCCCGUCAAGAUCGCCGCCUCUCACUCGGAGCCGGCGCCCAUGGCCGCCAAGCCUGGCGCCGCCGCCGCCAACGCCAGCCCCAGCCCCAGCCCCAGGCCGCGUCCGCAGGUGAAGCGCGUGUCGAGCGCCGGGCUGCUGGUGGGCUCGGUGCUGAGGCGGAAGACGGAGAACCUCAAGGACAAGUACAGCCUGGGGCGGCGGCUCGGGCAGGGGCAGUUCGGCACGACGCACCUGUGCGUGGAGCGCGGCACGGGGAAGGAGCUGGCGUGCAAGUCCAUCCUGAAGCGCAAGCUGGCCACCGACGACGACGUGGAGGACGUGCGGCGGGAGAUCCAGAUAAUGCACCACCUGGCGGGCCACCCCAGCGUGGUCGCCAUCCGCGGCGCGUACGAGGACGCCGUGGCCGUGCACCUCGUCAUGGAGCUCUGCGGCGGCGGCGAGCUGUUCGACCGGAUCGUGCGGAGGGGCCACUACACCGAGAGGAAGGCCGCCGAGCUCGCCCGCGUCAUCGUCGGCGUCGUGGAGGCCUGCCACUCCAUGGGCGUCAUGCACCGGGACCUCAAGCCCGAGAACUUCCUCUUCGCUGACCACUCGGAGGAGGCCGCUCUCAAGACCAUUGACUUCGGACUCUCCAUCUUCUUUCGCCCUGGCCAAAUCUUCACCGACGUCGUGGGCAGCCCUUACUACGUGGCGCCGGAGGUACUGAAGAAGAGAUACGGGCCAGAGGCGGACGUCUGGAGCGCUGGCGUAAUCAUCUACAUCCUGCUGUGCGGAGUGCCGCCAUUCUGGGCAGAGAACGAGCAGGGCAUAUUCGAGGAGGUUCUGCACGGGAGGCUGGACUUCGAGUCGGAGCCGUGGCCCAGCAUCUCCGACGGCGCCAAGGAUCUCGUGAGGAGGAUGCUUGUCAGGGACCCGAGGAAGAGACUGACCGCUCACGAAGUUCUACGGCAUCCGUGGGUUCAGGUCGGUGGAGUGGCUCCUGACAGGCCGCUGGACUCGGCCGUUCUGUCUCGCAUGAAGCAGUUCUCGGCUAUGAAUAAGCUGAAGAAGAUGGCUCUUAGGGUGAUCGCCGAGAACCUGUCGGAGGACGAGAUCGCCGGGCUGAGGGAGAUGUUCAAGAUGAUCGACGCGGACAACAGCGGGCAGAUCACGUUCGAGGAGCUCAAGGUUGGGCUGGAGAAGGUGGGCGCCAACCUGCAGGAGUCGGAGAUCUACGCGCUCAUGCAAGCCGCGGACGUGGACAACAACGGCACGAUCGACUACGGCGAGUUCAUCGCGGCCACGCUGCACCUGAACAAGGUGGAGCGGGAGGACCACCUGUUCGCGGCGUUCCAGUACUUCGACAAGGACGGCAGCGGCUACAUCACCGCCGACGAGCUGCAGGUGGCGUGCGAGGAGUUCGGCCUGGGCGACGUCCAGCUGGAGGACUUGAUCGGGGAAGUGGACCAGGACAACGACGGGCGCAUAGACUACAACGAGUUCGUGGCGAUGAUGCAGAAGCCGACGGUGGGGGUGCUCCCGAAGAAGGCCGACCUGCAGAACAGCUUCAGUAUCGGGUUCAGGGAGGCGCUCAGGAUGGCCUAGACCUCUCUGUCUCUGCUCCCCUGCUGCCUGCGUGUAGGUGUAGAUGAUUGAAUUGAGUGCAUGUCAGUGCAGUUGCUGUAGAGACCACCGUAGCAUAGAGAGCUGAUGAGAUGCGAGUUGAGGCGGGCCAGGAGACGUGUACAUGUGCCAUAGUCCAUAGCCAUACAGGCGGCCCUGCAGCGGUUUGGCUGCUUGGUUCC